AUGAAUUUCAAUGAAACAAGUCCAACUUUAAAUUGUGGGAAUAUUCUUCCCCAAUUUUUACAAGAAAAGGUAAUUAACCUGAAAAUUGGCGAAAAAACGUACAAUCAAGGAUGGGGAAAUUUAACAAUAGGAAGGUCCCAUUUUAAUGAUGUUAUUAUAAAAGACAAAUCAGUUUCCGCAUUUCACGCAAAUCUCGAGGUCUGCAGCAGAGGGAUUUUUAUCACAGAUCAUAACUCGACUAAUUUUACCUAUAUCAACAAUGUUCAAAUUCCUGCUCGGGAAAGAAUGGCUGUCUGUCAAGGAUCAUCACAAUCAUCAGUUAAAUUUGGUGAGGAAGAAGAUGAUAAUGAUGAUGGUGAUAAUAAUGAUAAUAAUGAUGAGACUUAUGACCCCGAUGUUGAUGAAGACGAUAGUACUGAUGAUAAUGAUAGUAAUAUUAAUGAUGAUAAUGAUGGUGUUCAUGAUAAGAGCAAAGAUUCGAAGUCUGAAUCAAAGACCAAGCGUCGAUACAAUUUGCGGAAAAAUACCAGAAAAUACUACCCGAAAUAA